AGCAGGGGAAAACCUCCAUUUUGCCAAAGGUUUUAACGUUCACCAGCAAGAAACCCAAUCAUAGUGGGCAAACGGCAAGAACAGCACAACCAAUCAAAGGGCACAGAUCAAGGCCGUUUGCAAGGAAAAGGAGAUGAGCGAAGAAGAACGAGGACGUGUCGUGUCGUCUGCCUCCGCUAACAGCCAAUUGACGGUACAAGGCCCACAGUCAAAAGCGCCUACGAGUGCUGUUACACAGGGGACCGAAAUGGGCGGGCCCGCAAAUGUGCGUAGCGGUAGCGUGAAGAGCGUGGACGAGGACAACAACAACAACAACAACGGUGGUAUUGGAGGCGGCGGUAACGGCAGAUCAACGAGCGGUAGCUCUGUAAGUCAGAUUGUUCCAGCUUCGUCAGCAGAGCUUUUAGAGGAGCCGAAGAUUGUGAAGGCGCUCAACUCGGAUCAGGCGAUUGAGGCCCUUCUAACGCGUUUGAAGCGCAGCAUCAACACCUGCGAUGAGUUCUGCAAGUAUGUGCGUAAGAAGGCGAUGCUUGAGCAGGACCGGGAGGAGCAUCUGAAGAAGAUCACCCGAUCCACGAGCGAGGUGCUGAAGAACAACGUGCAGUCGUUGAAGAACGACUCGUUUGUCAUGAACCUGGAUAAGAUCAUCAAGAUUGAAGAGAGGAUUGCAGUGAACACCGCUGCCUAUAGCAAGGAGCUGUUCACGAUGCACGAUGAGUUGAGCUCCAUGGCUUCCACGUUCACAAGACAGAGAAAAUCUGUUAAGGAGAACUUCAAGAGAAAGGAGAAGGAGGUGAUUGACUCGAUUUCCUCUGCCGACAAGGCCAAAUCCAAGUACGACCAACUGUGUCUUGAAUUUGAGAGGGUGAAGACUACUGAUCCUUCUAAGAAGACGUUCACGCUCAAAGGUUCCAAGACCACAAGUGAACAAGAGGAGAUCUUACACAGGAAGAUUGAAGCUGCAGACUCUGACUACAGACAGAGAGUUUCAACGUCAACAGGGUUAAGAAAUGUAUUCUUGAACACUUUCAGACCAAGCAUUGCGCAACAGUUGAAAGACUUGAUCAUUGAGAUUGACAUUGCAAUGUGUGUGCAGAUGCAAAAGUAUGCCACAAGGUUUGAAGAUGUUGUUCUACAAACUGCACUGAGCAUAACACCAAUGAAGGGCUCAAACAACCAGUCUAUGAAGACGAUUGCGUCAUCGAUUGAUAAUGAACGUGAUCUGUAUCAAUAUCUGCUGAAAUAUGUCAACCCUGCCCAGACUAAUAAGCAGUUGAUACCUGUUGAGUAUAGACAGCAUCCUUCUAUGGUUGUUGGGGGCGGAGGUCCUAAAAUCAUCAAAACCUUCAACAGUACAGGUGUUAAUAAUGUGUUACCAAAGCAAAGGGUAGACUCACCGUUCACGAAAACCACAGCUGCAGCUGCAAUUUCAUCAGCAGCCAUCACACCUUCAAUCAAGCCGUCAGAUUCGAAGAGUCUAGAUCAGAGCUCAAUAUUGACUGGGCCAAGACCGCAAUCGGUGAUUAAUAACGACAAUGUUCCAUUACCACCAGGUACACAAGCUGGUUUCAAGACCUUUGGAACCCCAAUAGGUGAAUUGAUUGACUUUGAAGGAGAGAUGGUGCCAUCUGUGGUUCGUCAAUGUAUCUACGUUGUGGAUAAGCAUGGAUUGGAACUCGAAGGCAUUUAUAGAACUAGUGGUAAUAUUGCCACAGUGAAUUCGUUGAAGGAGCUGAUCGAUAAGGACCCUGCAAAUAUCAAACUGAUAUUACCUAAUCCAAAUUCCAUCACUGAUAGUGAUAUCUAUGCUGUUGCAUCACUCUUGAAGAACUACUUCAGCUCACUACCUGAGGGACUACUCACGAACGCCGCUGCACCACAGUUCUUGGAAUACGUAAAGAUUGCAGAACCGGACAUCAGAUUAAAACGUAUUCACCAGGUUGUGUACGAUCUACCGGAUAGCUCCUAUUGGACUCUGAGAAGUUUAAUCCUACACUUGGCAAAGGUUUCAGCAAAGCAAGAUAUUAAUUUGAUGAGCCAGAGAAACCUGGGAAUUAUUUGGGGUCCAACAUUAUUCCCUAAGGGCGAGUUAAACGCAAGUGAUAUGACAUUCCAAGGAAGAGUCGUUGAGGAGUUAAUCAUCCAUGCAAACGAUAUCUUUGAAGCUGAUUGAAGUGUGGAAUUACACGAUAUAACAGAGAAACAAAAGACAAAAAGACAACGUAAAGAAACAUGAACUAUUAAUGAUUAAACCGGUAUACGUCUCUCCAUGGAAUUUGGAAAAGACUUCAAGGCUUGUAUUUGAUGUAGUUGUCCAAUCCUCUUUCAAGGUAGUCCUUCUGUAUGAGAUCUCUUAUGAGUGUUUCCACAUCUUGUCUUUGAAUGAUAUAUUUCUCCAAUACGGCAUUGAUCAAAUCCUCCAGUGGAUACGAUUCCUUAUGUUUCAUUAGCCUCGUAAUAAAUGCUCUGAUGAGUUCAUUUCUAUCCUCGUUAGAAACCCCAGGGCUUUCGUCAUCUUCUUCAACUGCAUCACCACCUCUCAAACGCAUCUGAACUUGACGAAGUUUGAUGACUUUUCGCUUAUCACUGAAGUCCUUGUU